UUAUCCUUCUCUUCUUCAGUUUUCGGGGAUAAGCCCCCAGGCCAGCUUCGCUUCUCCACUAAUCUCCCCAGCGAUGGCGGCAACAGUAACAGCAUCAACUCUCUCCUCUGCCGCCUCUCUUUCUAUCCGCACCAAGCCUCGCCUCUCUAUUCCAAAACCCAUUAAGUCCUUUCUCUACUCCAAAUCACCCCAAUUUCUCUCCCUUUCUUCCCAUCCCACCACAAUUACCAGAGCCCAAUCCAGCGACAUUGACACUUCCUUCUUCGACAACGUCAAUCCCGAAGACGUUAUCGUUUUUGACCCGCCAAGCCCCCCAGAAGACUUCGUUCCUCCGCCCUCCUUUGACGAGGGUCCCAUCGAAACCGAGGAAGAAAUCGCCGCUGCUUACGAAGAGCUAUAUGGACCCGCUUUUAGUGGAGAGAGCAUUUUGGGCAAUGAUGUGUAUGUAAUGGACUCGAAGGUUAAAAAGACAACUGGGUUCGGUUCGAAAGGGAAGAAGGAGAAAAUACGAGAUGGGUUUGAGGAGAGAGUAGUGCAGGUGAGAAGAGUGACUAAGGUGGUUAAGGGAGGGAAACAGCUACAUUUUAGAGCAAUUGUGGUGGUAGGGAAUAAGCAAGGCCAGGUUGGUGUUGGGGUUGGGAAAGCCAAGGAAGUAAUUGCUGCUGUGCUGAAAUCGGCCGUUAAUGCGAGGAGGAACAUCGUUACGGUGCCCAUGACCAAGUACUCGACUUUUCCUCACAGAUCUGAAGGAGAUUAUGGGGCAGCAAAGGUGAUGCUUAGACCAGCCUCACCUGGUACUGGAGUGAUUGCUGGAGGUGCUGUAAGAAUUGUUCUUGAAAUGGCAGGUGUUGAGAAUGCUUUAGGAAAGCAAAUUGGGAGUAAGAAUGCCCUCAACAAUGCCAGAGCUACGGUUGUUGCUGUGCUAAAAAUGAGGCAAUUCCGUGAUGUUGCUCGUGAACGUGGGAUCCCAAUGGAAGAACUGUGGAAAUGAUGGAUAUGGAAGAUGGUUUUUGUUAAAUAAUUUUUUUUUGUCCUUGAAUGUGCAUUAGGUACAAGAAGUUUUUGUAGUUAAAGCCAAUGGAAACAAGAACAAGAUCCAGUCAUUUGUCUUUCUUGCUCAUGACCAGUGUAUGUUAUUUUAACUGAUGCUAAUCUCUUUUCUAAUUA